CUUGAGAGCCAUUGUAGCACCAAGUGACCAGGGUGUUCCGUAAUUUAACUAACUACAUAACGACUGAAGGUCGACGGUUUCACUACGCCAUCCGCAGCAAAUUCACCCGAAUCUUCAACUACUGCUCGAAGCAAUCGACGUUUCUGCAUAUCUCAGGGUUCUCUCUCUACACUAUUCUACCUUUUUUUAUGCUUUCCUGUUACACAGUUCACCUUUAUAUUUAUAAUUUGGACUAAUCUUAGUUCUUGGUAGCGAUUCGUUUCCAUACGCGUGUUCAUGGAGUUUCUGAUCGUUAAGGCGAAUAGAUUCCACCAAAGAGGGGUACUGAAUUGAUACUUGUAUCAGUUUUGACAUUGGAAUUAUCAUACAGAAAUGAACCAGAAGAGUUUAAUUUAUAGCUUUGUGGCAAAAGGUACUGUUGUUCUAGCAGAGCACACAUCUCAUACUGGGAACUUUAGUACCAUUGCUGUUCAGUGUUUGCAGAAGCUGCCUUCUAAUAGCAACAAGUAUACCUACUCUUGUGAUGGGCACACAUUCAACUUUCUUAUUGACAAUGGAUUUGUUUUUCUUGUUGUUGCCAAUGAGUCAAUGGAAAGAAAUGUGCCCUUUGUUUUUCUUGAGAGAGUGAAGGAUGACUUCAAACAUCGGUAUGGUGCUACUAUCAAAGGUGAUGGUCCACACCCUCUUGCGAAUGAUGAAGAAGAUGAUGAUCUAUUUGAGGACCGAUUUAGCAUUGCAUAUAGCCUUGACCGAGAAUUUGGGCCAAAGCUCCAAGAGCACAUGCAGUAUUGCAUGAACCAUCCAGAAGAAAUCAGCAAGCUGUCUAAAGUGAAGGCUCAACUAACAGAAGUUAAAGGAAUAAUGAUGGACAACAUUGAGAAGGUUUUGGAUAGAGGCGAGAGGAUCGAAUUGCUAGUUGAUAAAUCAGAAAGCCUUCAGUUUCAGGCAGACAGCUUCCAAAGGCAGGGACGGCAACUACGCCGGAAGAUGUGGCUGCAGAACCUUCAAAUGAAGUUGAUGAUCGGAGGAGCUGUUGCUGCUGUCAUUAUGAUCAUCUGGCUCAUCGCUUGUGGAGGUUUCAAAUGCUGAAGAUCUUGAACAUUCUUGUCCCUUGUUUUGGGGUACCUCUUCCCUAUGAACUUGCUGUUUGGCUCUUGUUCGGUCCAUGUUUCGCUGCUUGUACAAAAACCUUUAGCCGUUCUCUGGUAAAUACGCUUCCUAUACCUAACUGCUAAUCACGGAGCUUCUUUCUCUCCGUAUCAUCGUAUGUAAUAAUAUUGUAGAUGUUUUAUUACCCUUUAAUGUGCCAUAUUAUUAAUGGUGACCAAAGUAAUAUAUUUAUCUUCCAUUCUGUUUUUUU